AUGAUGAGACAGCCCAUGUCGUAUCGAGUUGCCGGACUUGAAGGCUCAGAGGAUAACCCAAUUCUUAUUGAUUUCGAAGAUGUCUCCUUGUCUGAAGAGGAGACCGAGAUUUGCACUUCUCAACAAAGCUUUGACGGCUCUCCUGAGAACCCCAUCUGUAUCUUAGAUGAGGUUACUGUCUGUGAGAUCCCAGAAAGUCAAACGGAGGACAAUGCUGCAGUACGAUGUCCACAUAGCUCACUUCUUGACCCUGUUGGCACUCCUAAGGAGAACAUGGAAGAUCCCCAGUCAGAAGGCGAGUGUGGCGUUAGCAUGCAGUGUUCUCUCGUCCAAAUGCAGGGCACAAUCACGACUACAUUUGACACUUCUGAGCUCCCUGUCUAUUAUUUCGACGAGAGUAGACUCUGCGAGAGUCCUGAGAGAGACUGGCAGGGCCCAACUCCCGUAGGGUCUCCACACAUCUCGACUGUGAAUUCUAUUAGCAUUCCUGAGGGAAGUGUGGAGCUUGAGCCACAAAGGCACCACGGCAUUGUCAUGGACAGUGCUCUGGCUCAAACGGAGAGCGCUGCAGGGGCCGCAUCUGGCUCUUCUGAGCUCCUCAUUCAAGAGCCAGAAGUUCCUGCUCUAGUUGAUGUGGAGGUGCAAACAGAAACCCCUCUGCGGGAAGAGAGAAGAUACAUGCAUGCAAGCACACAAACUACUCCUCACGGCAUGGCGGCGCAGAGUGAAAAUGGCACACUGAAAGGAUCGAAAGCUGACAAUAACCCCCGAAAGAGGAAGCAUGAGAGCGCUAGUCCGGAAUCUGUUCCGCGCUACCUCCCCGAGAUCACAAAGCACUCAAUCGCCAUCUAUGAUGACCUUACCCCCGUGGAGCGCAGUGUUCUGGCACAUAUGCGCACUGGGAAGAUUGGGUUGAAUCACUAUCUCUUAACUAUCAACCGGGCCGGCGACCCUCUCUGCCUGUUUUGA